ACCAAUCGCGCACAACACGAAGACAGUCUGCGGCAGUCGAGCGAAGUGAACAGACGUGUUAAGCGGAAUGCGCACAAACGUGGCGGUCCAAGCGCAAGCAACUUGAACGGUCUGUGGCAACACAAAUAACGAGUGAAAUUCAGCCGAGUUAUUCGGAGUGAUCGAUUUACGAAAAAUAAACGAGCGUUACAGUUAAAUAAAAUACUACAUGAAUUGAGUUGUUAAAUAAAUGUGUUAACUAAUCAAAAAAUAUAACAUUUAAUAAAUCAAGAGAAGUGUGCGUUGUACAAUUGCGCCUGUGUCGUACUGCAUGUUUGCAACCGAUGCAACGGCAGACUGUGUGUGCGCGCACCAACAGUUGGGCAUGCUCCCUCGAGUGGGACGGUCGUUAGUCGGCUGCCAGAACGAGAACCUAAGUGAAAAGUCAACGACUAGCGCGCGUGUGCAAGUGCCAAAUGAAAAUGUGUGCGAAACCGCGCGGCAUGCCAUAAAGAAGAAAGUGACUAGCGGCCAGACGGUUGAAACGACGAAGCUCAAGAUGACGUUCGCGAUAAAUGUGGUUCCGCGUCGCGGCGCAUGGAGACGCUCCGUAUGGCCCAUGACCUUGCUGUGCUGCUGUUUCAUAAUAGUCAAUUCGCCAGCAAAUGGGCUGAACUAUGUCGACGACGAUACGACCGCUGAGUUGAACACGCAAGCCGGGGCUCGAGCGAUGGGUCUGUAUGGGGCACGCGAACCGCGUUUCGGCGACCGUUUACUGCCGCUGCGCAAAAAGACCGGUGCGAUAGUAAAUGUGGCGGCGCCCAGCCAAAGGCAAGUGAAUAGUAUUUUGAGUAAAAGUAAUUAUGUGGUCAGUUACGCGAGUGCCAAUACAAAUAACGCGGCCGCAAGUGGGAAAGUUGUGGCGCGUGCCACAAACUCAAACGCCUCUGCUGAAGUGAAUGUAUCGCGUAAUAACAGGGUCGGCGUGACAAGCGAUGUGAGUGUUAGUGUUGAACCCAAAACUGAUUUGUAUACAAUGGAGGUCAAUCAUGCUGAUUAUACAGAUCCUCCAAUGAAUGUGCAACGACGUGGCAAGCAGUUGAGUCGACGUGAGGACACCAAUAUCGGUGGUCUGUUGUUAGACUCUACCACUUUCAGUAGUAAAGACACGAACAUUUCGAAAGCUGAUCGUCUGGUGGUCAUGUCCACCGAGUUCUUUGUGGUCCCAACAAGCACACCUCUGCCACACAACGCGCACACAUCGGGGACGCCAGCACGCACAGGCGCUAAGGCUGCAGUUCUGCCCGACUAUAUACAACCACCUCCUGCGGGUGCACCUACUGCUGGACCACGUUCGGUCUUAAUUGUGGCGCCGCGUCCCGCCAAUUCCUCGAAUGCAGCGAACGCCAUCAGCGCGGGUUUGCCCCCGUCCAUCGUGCCCACUCAUCUGCCAUUCACAGGUCUGCGCAAGGAGCCCUGGGUGGUGCCCGUACUGGUGUUGGCCGCUCUCACCAUGUUAAUGAUGACCGCCUUUGAGAUUUUCGUGUUAUUCAAGGCGUGGCGUACGUCACCUUCGCGUCGUCAUCUGUUUCUCGGUCAGAUGCUACUGUUGGGUCUCUUUGCUUGUGCAGGACUGGGUGCUGUGUUAACAGCGCAGCCGUCACUGCUCAGCUGUGGCACCAUACGUUUCGGUGUGGGUGUUGCUUAUGCACUCGUCUUUGCCGCGCUGCUGGUCAAGUGCGUUUUCCUCAUCAGUCUCAAUGGCGGCGUGUAUCUGCCUGCACCCUACCAAGGUUUACUGCUGCUCUUCGCCGUGCUCAUACAAGUGGCCAUAGGCACACAGUGGCUACUCACACAGCCCCCUGAGAUUUAUACGCAAAGUGUUCCGAUACUGGGUAACAGUCUGCUGGGUCCUACCGUAGCUUCUAGCAGCGCCACAUCCGCGGCACAUACUUUCGCUGCCCUCUUUCAAUCGCACAAUUCCGCACCCACCAACGGCCCUGCCGCAGCAGCGAUCGGCUCCAGUCUCGGCUCAGAUCUAUAUGCGCGUAUCACUGCUGCCGGUACGAUGCUGAUACCGCUAUGUAAAACACAAUUUUCGGAGUUGCUCUUCUCGCUCAUCUACAUCGUUUUCCUGAUUGUGUUCGUCGCCGUGUUGGCCAUCAAAUCGCGCGGCAUACGCGACAAUUAUCGCGAGGCCACCUACAUUGGACUGGCCAUCGGCGGCGCUAUACCCAUUUGGUUGGGCUGGAUGCUGUGCGGCCUGGCGGUGGCAGACCGCCAUAAGGACGCCUGUAUCGCUUUCGGACUGAUAGCGACAUCGGCCACUGUUUUCCUAGUUAUGUUCAUGCCGAAGGGCAGACAACUGGCUGCCAUGGGCAAGGAGGGCCUGUACGUGGAGGAUCGUGAGGAGCAGUUCAGCUCUCUGAGUCGCGCUGGCUCCGGUUACUCACCCUCAUUCUUCCACUUUAAGCCCAUCAAGUACGGAGUAAUGGGUGGAGGUAUGCAGAAUUCAGCAACAAAUACUGGGAACGGCGCCAGCAUGAAGCACUGCUCGAAUGGACUGGGCGGAGGAGGAGGAGAUCGCGUUGCCUUGGUCACCGCUGCCCCACCGAGCUAUACACGUAUGUAUCACUAUUUUCCAGCACACUUAUCAGCGCACCCGUUUUGUUUCUAUCCACAACCCCCACCACCACCACCGCCACCACCAAUUCCACCGCCAACGUUAACACAAUUGCCCUCACCGCCGACACUCAAGCAAUUGGGCAACUCCCUGUCGUCAAUGACACAAGCACAUAUCGCACAGACACUCCGGUAUCCAGGUAAGGUUUAUUUAUACGACCCGAUGAGACCAAUCUUUACACGACGCUGGAACCAACACUAAGCAGCAACCCGAACGUGUACUUCCAACGCGGCGGUGCUGUGCAUCCAGGCAUGAUGUACUAGGGAUAACCAACGAAUUCCAUGCGGAAGCUUAAAAAUUCACCGAGACGCGAGUGAAUUAAGGAGACGACAUUGGCUGCUGGCAGAGGUGACGAAAGAGCCGCGCCACAGUCGAGCACUGAGCAACUCAAAGUAUAAAAGUAUAACUUAAUGCAAUACGAAACGCUAAGCUAAGUUAUAAACUGCAAACAAAAUUAUUUUUUUUUAUUAAACUUAGAAAUUAGACAUAUGAGAAUCCAUUUUUGUAGCUCUUAAGUCCAAACGUCUAAGUUGUAAGAACUCCAAGUGCACAUUUGCUCCCAGGGAGUGUAUUUAGCAUAAGAACCACAACACUACACGUAUUACUUAAGUUAAGUUGUACUUAAGCACUUAAGCACGUAAGCAAAGUAACGAGGAACAAACGUUAAUGAGGAAGCGAAAACGCUACGAAAAUAAAGUAAUAAAAAACAAAAAACUUGGUUCGCAAAGACUCAAACUGUAUUUCAUAAGCGACCACAC